ACCUAAAUAAUGGCACCCUAGGCUAGGCUUGCAAGUCAUCGAAAACCUAAUCUCCCACGCUCUCCCUGCACUUUCUCCGUUCCUUCUUCUUCUCCUCGUCCUACUCGGUCAUUCUCGGCUGUAUCGGUCAACCCAAAUCGGAAAUUAUGGCCGAAUCCCCGUCACAGCCACCGGCACGAUCCCUUUCCGAGACGGAAUCCUCGCAAUACUGGUGCUACCAAUGCAAUAAGAGCGUCUCCAUCGAAACCCUAGCCAAUCUUCCAGAUGUCGUCUGCUACGAAUGCAAGAGCGGCUUCGUCGAGUGCAUCCCAGCUCCGGCGCAGCCAACGGCGGAGACCGCUUCGGGGUUCACGGACCCAGUAGAGGAUCCGAAUUUCGGUUUCCAAUUCCUCCAGGUGCUGAGGCUAAUCGCCCAGGCUGCGAGUGACGAAGACGCGCCGCCCCUGCCGCCGCCUCAGAGUCCUCCCGAGGAUGACUUUCUCAGGAUUGAGCUCGAUGGGUGGGAAAACGAUGAGGACGGCGACGAUGAUUAUCCGAACGGGGCUGAGUUCCAUCACGGAGGAGAGGAGGACAACGAAGCCGAUCAAGACGGCGAUCGAUCGGACAACGAGGACAGAGAUAAUCGCGACGAGCAAGACAGGGAUGAAGAAGAGGUUCGGAGAAGGCGUCACGAGGUGCUUCGUCUCCGGAUCCGGGACUUCGUGACCCGCGGAAGGAGCGGCAGGAACCGGAUCCUCGAUAGGGCGGAGAUCUUAAUGGGAUUGGACGAAAACUCGAUCGAAUUCCGUCUCGAAGUGCCUGAAUCGGACCGGUAUAUCGGCAAUCCCGAGGAUUACGUGGACGCGGCUGGGUACGAGGCGCUGCUUCAGACUUUGGCGGAGAGCGACGGCGGCGGAAGAAGAGGAGCUCCGCCGGCGGCGAAAUCGGCCGUGAUGGAGUUGCCGACAGUGGAGGUCGCGUCGGAAGAUGAUGCCUUUGCGUGCGCUGUAUGCAAGGAUAUGGUCAAUGUUGGUGAAAUGGCAAAGAAAUUGCUCUGUGGGCAUAGGUAUCACGGGGAUUGCAUUUUGCUGUGGCUGGGUUCGAGGAAUUCGUGCCCGGUUUGUAGGUUCGAGCUGCCGACGGAUGACCCCGAGUACGAGGAGCAGAGGAAGAAUAAAGCCGUAAGCUCCGCCGGAGCUUCGGGUUCGAGAGGAGGUAAUUUUCUCUCGGAUUGAAUAUGGUUUGGUAUGCGAUUUUCCUUUUCUUUUUUUGUUGUGUUUUUUUUUUUCCUUCCUUUUCAUUGUAAUGUAAUUUAAUCUAUGCACUAUUUGUUUGUUUACUAGUAGCUAUUAGAUGAAGAAAUGGAAGAAAUUGAAAUGUGUUUCCAUUUUCCUUUGAAUGUAAAUAAUAAUAACUUAAUAUGGUAAUGGAUGGUGUUGAUGGUGGUGGUGGUGGUGUUUUCCUACAUCCAUUCCAUUAUCUUGUCGAUGUAUAACAUUAUACAGUUGAGGACAGUGAAUUUCACUCAAACGUAGAAGAGAGUGACUUGCAGUGUUUCUUUAAAUAAAUGUGUUUCAUUUUGGUCGUCGUCGUUUU